AUGGCAGAUUUCUUCGCACCGUUUGACCCUCAGUGGUUAAUGGCUGAGCAAAUCUUUGGUGGUCGGGUAGUGCUACCUGUUGAGCCUGUGGAGGAUAGCCGGAAACGAUUCGCGACGAUGUGGUCCAGUAUCGAGCCGCUUAUUCCCAAACCAACAGAUGCGGUGACUGUCAAAGAAAUCGAUGUCUCAAAAACACAGAGAGCUAGAGUGUACAGACCUACUGAUGCCCCAGGAGCUCUCCCUGUCGGUUUGUACAUCCAUUCUGGAGGGUGGUUUUCCGGUAGCAUCGAGAAAGAGGACUUCUUGUGCAGAAUUAUCGCUGAAAAAUCUCGCAUGAUUUUAUUCUCACCAAGCUAUCGCCUCGCCCCAGAAAAUCCAUACCCUGCUGGUCUCGAUGAUGUCUGCGCUGCGUAUCAAUUUAUGCAUACCAACGCUGUCCUGUAUGGAGGCGAUUCAGCGAGGAAAUUUGUCAUGGGAGGAUCGGCAGGUGGCAGCCUCGCAAUCAGCGUCGCCCUUAAGUAUACUACCAAUGCUGAGCUGAAGCCGCUUGGAGUGGUUGCAGCUUGCAUCUCGUCUUGUGAUCCCGCUGUGCUGCCGGACCAUUACAAAAAGAGAUACACCCCGGAAAAGUAUUCUGAUUCACCGAUGAUCGGACAUGGCAUCAUGGCUCAGGCACGCGAAUGGUAUGGUGCUCCCGCUUCAGAUCCAUUGUUCUCGACCUUGUUGCACCCCGACAUUGCGCACUUACCUCAAGUUUACCUGGCCGCUUGCACUAAGGAUCCGACUCACCAGGACACCUUGUUCUUCUAUGAAGAGUGCAAGAAACGAGGUGUCGAUGUCGAGAUGGACCAAUGGGUGGGAUGGCCACAUUUCUUCUGGAUCUUACCCAUGUUGCCAAUGUCGGCAGAGUUCAUGAAGUUUUGGUGUCGAAAAUUGAAAGGCAUGGCCGCAAAGGCGUAGGCGGGGAUUCUGGGCCGUCGAUAUUCUUUCUAUCUCGAGCAGGUCCUAGAGAACAACGGCACCUUAGUCGGCUGGGUGAGAUUAUUGGUGGGUGGUCAUGCAAGAAUGGGUGAAAGCCUCAACUGGGAAACGAAUCGCCUUCAUCGCUUAGGUAUACUCGCUGCAAGUAGGUCGUGUGACAACAAAUCCCAAUCCGAUGCAGGACCUGCCCGUGUUUGC